GCAAGAAGAGAGUAGAUGCCAGUGCGAUUUAUAAAGAUUCCAAUAGAUACAAAAGAAGACGCGCCCACUCUCCGGGGGAGGUAGUCCCGGGACGUGCCCAGGUGCGUGGGGAUCUGAGCUCUGCAGAGGGAGCCCGUCUUGCAGGAAAGAAUUCCCGGCCCAGGAAUCAUCUGAUUGUGUAGUAGAGAGAUAUGUUAAGUGCUUGGAGGAAGGAUCCACCGCCCCUCCCUCCUCCCCCGGGAGAAGCAAGUGUUUCCCUGGAAGGUGGGGGAUUUCUCAGGCUGCACAUUGCUCCUUUGCCUGCCUCUGUCACAGCUGACCUGGAAGACAAGUCUUACUAGCCCAUGGGCACCUGUAUGCCACAGACACAUGUAUUGGGGAGCUGCACCUCUGUGUAACCCCCUGCAAACAUGAAAGUCCAGCUAAAGUCUCAGAAAUCAUGGAUUGAAGGAAUCUACAAUAAAAGAGAAUGUGCAAAAAUCAUACCAUCAUCAAGAGAUCCACACAGAUGCCAUGGCGGAUGUCAGGUUUGCCAGACUCUAAUAAGGUGUUGUUGUGGACGGUUAAUUGGAGAUCACCCUGGGUUAGAUUAUGGAUGGCCAAUUUGUCCUUCCCCCCAAGACAGAGAAGAAGAAGAGUGGAGUAUUCUAAAGCAUACAAAAGCAAGUCCCACUGAUGCAUUUGGCACAAUAAAUUUUCAAGAUGGCGAUCACACCUAUCACGCAAAGUACAUAAGGAUAUCCUAUGAUACCGAGUUGGAUCUGUUAAUGCAUCUGAUGAUUAAAGAAUGGCAAAUGGAACUGCCAAAGCUUGUGAUCUCUGUCCAUGGCGGGAUCCAGAAUUUUAAGCUUCCAUCCAAAGUAAAGCAAGUUUUUGGCAAAGGAUUGGUAAAGGCUGCUGAGACUACAGGAGCAUGGAUCCUGACAGAGGGCAUUAAUACCGGGGCCUCCAAACACGUGGGCGAUGCUUUGAAAGCUCACGCUUCUCAACACCUGCGAAAAAUUUGUGCAAUUGGUAUACCACCAUGGGGAGUUAUUGAGAACCAGCAGGAUCUAAUUGGCAAAGAUGUUGUGUGUCUGUAUCAGACACUGAUAAACCCAAUGAGCAAACUGACCAGUCUCAAUAGCAUGCACUCCCAUUUUGUAAUGGUGGAUGACGGCACAGUUGGAAAGUAUGGUAAUGAAAUGAAAUUCAGGAGAAACUUGGAAGAAUUUAUUUCCCUUCAGAAGAUCCAUACCAGGAUGGGGCAAGGUGUUCCUGUGGUUGGGCUGAUUGUAGAAGGAGGUCCAAAUGUCAUCCUGAUGGUAUGGGAAUAUGUGAGGAGCUCUCCACCAGUACCGGUCGUAGUGUGUGAAGGAACAGGCAGAGCAGCUGAUAUACUGGCUUUUACUCACAAGCACACAGCGGACACUGGGCAGAUAAGUCCACAUCUGAAAGAAGAAAUCUUAGAGAUGAUUCAGAAGACUUUUAAUCUUGGCCAUAAACAAUCAAAUCACGUUCUUUAUAUUCUAAUGAAAUGUAUGGAGCACCGUGAGUCUAUCACUAUAUUUGAUGCAGAAUCUGAAGAACAGCAGGACAUUGAUUUGGCUAUCUUGACAGCUCUGCUAAAAGGGACUAAUAUGUCUGCUCCAGACCAGCUGAGCUUGGCACUGACCUGGAAUAGGGUUGACAUUGCCAAAAAACACAUACUUAUAUAUGGACAACACUGGAAGGUUGGGUCUUUGGAACAAGCAAUGCAAGAUGCACUUAUAAUGGAUCGAGUUGAUUUUGUAAAAUUGCUAAUUGAAUAUGGGGUGAAUAUGCAUCGCUUCUUGACCAUUGGUCAUUUGGAAGAAUUAUACAAUACUAAACAAGGCCCCACAAAUCUGCUCCUACACCAUUUGGUUGGAGAUGUAAAACAGAGCAAUCCUUCUCCAGAUUACCGAAUUUCACUUAUAGACGUGGGACUUGUAAUUGAGUACUUGAUUGGUGGAGCCUACCGAAGUAGUUAUACAAGGAAAAGUUUCCGAGUCCUGUACAACAGCCUCUUCAGGAAGCAUAAGAGAUCUGUUCAAAGUUCCCCCAACAGCCUUGCACAAAGUUUGUCUCAUCUUUCCAUAAACCAGAGUAGCCAGAUGAGCAUCAAGCUUGAAUCCCCAGAGAAUACCUUGCAUUCCCAAUUUUUCCGAACAGCACAACCCUGUAGAGGCAAGGAGAAGACAACAUGCCAUCAAAAGUCAAAAAAUAAACCCAAAGAUGAAACAACAUCCACAGAAGAUAAUGAACCAGUUGGCUUUAUUUACCCUUACAAUGACCUCUUAGUUUGGGCUGUACUGAUGAAAAGACAGAAGAUGGCUAUGUUUUUUUGGCAACAUGGAGAAGAGGCCAUGGUCAAAGCAGUAAUUGCCUGUAAACUCUACAGGGCCAUGGCACAUGAAGCUAAGCAGAGCAACAUGGUGGAUGACACUUCAGAAGAAUUAAGGAAAUACUCAAAAGAAUUUGGACAGCUUGCUUUGGACCUCCUUGAAAAUGCAUUCAAACUGAAUGAGCAAAUGGCCAUGACGCUUUUAACAUACCAGUUAAAGAACUGGAGUAAUUCAACAUGCCUACAAUUAGCAGUUUCAUCUACACUGCGGCCUUUUGUAUCCCAUACUUGCACACAGAUGUUACUGACAGACAUGUGGAUGGGUCGUCUGAAGAUGCGGAAACACUCCUUGCUUAAGGUUAUUCUAGGUAUUCUGCUUCCACCCUUUGUCUUUAUGUUGGAAUUUAAGACCAAGGCAGAAAUGUCCCAUGUACCCCAGGCACAAGAAUUCCAUCAGUUCUCUCGUCUGUAUGUAGACCCUCCAUCACUAAACACAAAGGAACAGGACUUUGAUGCUGAAAGAGGAUCAAAGCAGCCAGGAGAAGAGCAAAAUCAAAAGAUCAGUAAUAGUCUAGGAAUCCUUCCGAUAACUAGGAAAAUCUGUGAAUUUUAUAGUGCUCCCAUUGUCAAGUUCUGGUUCCACACUAUGGCAUACUUGGUAUUCCUCAUGCUUUUCACAUACACGGUGCUGGUGAAGAUGGAGCCACAGCCCAGUGUCCAGGAGUGGUUUGUAAUAAUUUAUAUAUUCACUACAGCAGUUGAAAAAGUUAGGGAGGUAUUUGUGUCAGAGCCUGGAAAAUUCAGCCAAAAAGUAAAAGUUUGGAUCAAUGAAUACUGGAACCUUACUGAUUCUAUAGCAAUUUUCUUGUUUUUUAUCGGUUUUGGCUUGCGCUGGCCUGAACCUCCAUUUCAAACGGCAGGGCGUUUAAUAUAUUGCCUGGACAUUAUAUUUUGGUAUGUGCGCCUUUUAGACUUCUUUGCAGUGAACCAGCAAGCAGGCCCUUACAUUACAAUGCUAGGAAAAAUGACAUCCAACAUGUUUGGCAUCGUGAUUAUAAUGGCAAUUGUACUGUUGGCAUUUGGGGUGUCACGGAAAGCGAUUCUGUCUCCCAAUCACCCUCCUUCUUGGACUCUUGCUCGUGAUAUAGUGUUUCAGCCAUACUGGAUGAUGUUUGGGGAAGUAUAUGCUGGGGAAAUUGAUGCCUGCGAAGAGGAUCCAGAUUGCCCUUCUGGUUCAUUCAUUACCCCAUUCCUUCAAGCUGUCUACCUCUUUGUGCAGUACAUCAUCAUGGUCAACCUGCUGAUAUCGUUGUUUAAUAAUGUCUACAGGGAAAUGAAAUCUAUCUCCCACAAACUUUGGAAAUAUAAUCGCUACCGAUAUAUAAUGACUUACUAUGAGAAGCCGUGGCUACCGCCGCCCCUGAUAUUCCUUAGCCACAUAAAUUUAUUUAUCAAUCGCCUUUGCCAUCACCGAUCUCACAGUGAUUUUGACCCAGAGGAAACCGACAUGGGACUGAAGCUGUACCUCAGUGAUAAUGAGUUGAGGAAACUCCAUGAUUUUGAGGAAAAAUGCGUGGAAACAUACUUCCAUGAGAAAAAUGAAAGCCUGCACUCCAGCAAAAACGAAAGAAUCCGUGUAACAACAGAGAGAACCGAAGAGAUGUUUGCCCAGCUGAAAGAAGUAAAUGACAAAGUUUUCUACAUUAAAGACUCCUUGAGCUCCCUGGACAGCCAGUUAGGGCAUUUGCAGGAUCUCUCGGCAUUGACUGUGGAUACUUUAAAAAUCAUUUCAGCUGUGGAAGUUGAAGAAGCCUUUAUGAAAGACACGAAAGUGCUCACCUGUAAAAAGCUCCCGCACAGUUGGAGUAACGUUCCAGAUUCUCAUCACCACAGAGAGUAUAAUUACUAUAGUAUGCCACCUUCGCUUCUCAGGACUUUAGCCAGGAGCCAGUGCCCAUCAGAGUAUCAAUGUCCUCCACAGCAACUGAUUGCCCAGUUAGAAAACCAUACAUCUGAAGAACCCACCAUAGAGAGUGGCAUUAUUACUAUGGUGGUGCCACCAGAAAGCAAAUCUGCUCCUCAUUACGGCAAUUAUUUGGAUGUACCUUCAUCUCCAGUGGGGCCCCCUACACCAACUGACUCAGAUAUGCUUAAUGAAGGAGAAGCAAUACCGGUACAAGCAAACAACGAGGGGGUUUGUUCCAUCCAUGUAGACCAGUGUUUAUGUAGCCAGCAAAAGCAUGAGAAGAAAAGUAGAAACAAGACUAUUAAAGAUGGUUUAAAGCCUCUUGUGACAAAUACAGACGAAAGCCAAAAUGGAGAAAGCCAUGAAUGCUCGUGUGAACAGUUUACUGCUGAUCUCACUGUUGAGACAUCAAUACAAUGCAACGUUAUUGACCCUGGGGGUGGUUAUGUAAAUGUGGCAUUUUCAGAAGAAGGAGAAACUGCACUAUUUGGUGGAGGGAAUAGCAAGACACUUUGCCAACGUCCCACCCAGAGUUCAAAAUCAAAUGUGUUUCCAAAUAAGUCUGAUGGAUCUAGAGCCAAUGAUAGGGCUGGAUCUGGUUUGUGUCACAAACAGAAAACCUCAUUCCUGAAAAAUUCACUUCAUAGGAAUAGCUCAUCAAGAAGCAGUAGUUCUAAGUAUCAUAAAGAGAAGAAAGAUGGAAAGAUCUGUACAAUCAAAGAUUUUGCCAAGCCUCCUGAGAGCUCUAGGGUUACAUGGGCCAAAGAGAAACUGCGUAGCACAUUCAGAAAGUCAGUUAAAGACAAGCCAAGGCCAACUCAACUUCAAGUUCCAGUGAUAACUGUAGAUGGUUGUUCUCAGAGUACACAGAUGAGCUCCGAACCUGCAGAUUGUGGCAGCUGGAAAUCUGAAGAUGAACCCAGUAAAAACAGGCUGACAGUAUCAAGUUUCAAUCAGCUAAGCUUAGAUCACAUGACUUACAUGAGACAGCAACUGAAGACACAAGAAUUUGAAAGACACCUAGUCCAGACUAGUGAAUAUCUCAGGCAGUCCAGAGAGGAUUUACAUAAUAGCACCCAACUGAGAAGGAGCUCAUUAUUUCGAAAUUCCGAUGAAGUAAAAAAAAUGGCUGCUUCCUUAAAAGCUUCUCAAGAUUUAAGUAAUCAUUACUCAGCUGUGGAAAGGAAUAAUUUAAUGAGGCUUGCACAGAGCAUACCUUUCACCCCCCUGCACCUUUUUGCUGGAGAAGAAGUCACUGUUUACCAACUAGAGGAAAGUUCUCCAGCAAUUCUAGAUAAAAGUAUGUCUUCCUGGUCGCAGCGUGGGAUGGCAGCAAUGCUCCAGGUUCUGUCCCCAGAGGAAAUGGACGGAGGUCUCCGAAGGGCGCUGAAAGUUGUGUGCACGUGGUCUGAGAAUGAUGUACUGACACCUGGCGAGGUCUUUAUAGUCAAAUCUUUUCUUCCUGAGGUAGUACAAACAUGGCAGAAGGUUUUUCGUGGUGACACUGUGCUAAAUCUAUGUCUCAGGGAAAUUCAACAACAAAGAGCAGCUCAGAAGUUGAUCUAUACCUUCAAUCAAGUGAAGCCACACAGUAUUCCUUAUACUUUAAGGUUUCUAGAGGUCUUUCUUAUAUUCUGCCAUUCAGCUAACCAAUGGCUUACUAUAGAGAAGUACCUGACUGGAGAAUUCCGCAAGUACAAUAACAACAACGGCGAUGAAAUUACCCCCACCACUUUACUUGAGGAGACACUGCUGUCCUUUUCUCAUUGGAGUUAUGAAUAUACGAGGGGAGAGCUGCUUGUUUUGGAUUUACAAGGUGUUGGGGAAAAUCUUACAGAUCCAUCUGUUAUUAAACCGGAUGACAAACAGUCACGAGGGAUGGUGUUUGGGCCAGCUAAUUUGGGAGAAGAUGCUCUUACUAAUUUUGUUUCAAAGCAUCACUGCAACUCUUGCUGCAGAAAGCUCAAACUCCUUGAUUUGAAAAGAAAUGACUACUCACCUGGGAGGAUCAAUCUAGGGUUUGAAAUUGGAGAAGCAGACACAGAUGAAGACCUUGUGGAAUAUAAUACAAGACUGUAAAGGAACAUUUCUGUCACAUAAAUUAAGUAUUGCACCCAGUCUGACUAUAUGACAAAAUGGUUUGGAUUGCCAGAUUGUACGUAUCAACAACCACUAAUUGGGACAACUGCUAGAGUCUGUGAAUAUAUGGCUCAAAGGUAACAUUUGAGUGAUAUAAACCAGAGCCUUAUUCUCACUCUAUCCUCUGUAGCUUCUUUAAACCCCAGGAAUAUGUUGUUCCUUCUGGAUGGAUGAAUGCUGAUGCAGAAGUUUAGAAAUAUAACAUUUCCCCUCUGCUGGUAAAAAAAACAAAAACAAUGUGAACUGUGGAAGAAAAAUCUGUACAUUUUGUAAAUCUGUACAAACUGUGAAUUUCAAUAAUCAUAUUUUUGGAAUAGCCAAUGAACAUAUAUUUCAAAUUUCUGUCUGUUUGAGGAAAGUGGGACUUGCAGUUCAGCUACAGCAUUGCCAUUCUGGUAAGAGUCCUUCUUAGAUUGAGUAUCUGUAAUAGACACAGAACAGGCUUAAACACAUUUGCUGUUUGCUCUGUAUACACAUUUUUUACUGUUUGCCAAUGUUACUGCCAGAAAACAGCAGCUUUAAUCAUCUUGUUCUUAAAGAGGAAUUAUCACGAACACAUGAAUGUAAUAUGAACUUUAUAUCACUGAAAUAAGAAUCUUUCCUUGGAUAAUCAAUGAAAAAUUCCCCCUCUCUCUGCAAUAUCUUUUUAUUCAACUUUUGUUUAACAGUAGCUCUAAUUCAUUGUCUGGGCAGUGUGAGCCCACUCCAAUGUAUUUGACCCAAACUGUCAAUCAGAAUCUGACUCUGACUCCUACAUGCAGAUAGACAGACUCCCAAGAGGCGGAUACUAUAGAGCAGGGGUGUCCAAACUGUGGCCCGAGGGCCAAAUGCGGCCCAGGAUGCAUAUGAAUGCGGCCCAGUUUG